AUGCACGCCCGGAUCAGCACUUCGCCUGGCCCGAGCACGUUUUCCAAAUCGAACAAUUACAAGCUCCCGUCGUCGCCUGUGCCCACCCGUGAUGUGCUGGCACCCGACUCGUAUGCAACAGCAAUCGGAGGACGGGAGGCAAGGCGUCGCCUUGGUAGUACUGACGAUGUUGGGCCAACGACUACCAAAUCGGGGCUCAGAGCACGCUCGAGCCAAACACACCCACUCCAGGCCAACGGGAAUGAUCGGGGAGCAGAUACGAGGCCUGUCUUGCGGAGAAUGCUUUCGUCCAAAGAUGGAAAGGCAAAGGGAGGAGUGUGGGGAUUCUCCGAUGGUUGGGUCGAAGAGGAAGAUGAAGAGGAGGGGCAGAAGGAAACCCGCCCCACUGGAACAUUCAGAGAAAUGCUAGUCCAUAAGGUACAGCCCAAGGAUUCACUCGCUGGUGUUGCGCUCAAAUUCUAUUCAUCUUCGUCCAUACUCUACAUACCCCUCACAGCCAGCGUCAAACUUGACCUAAUCGACCUAACCACCCCUGGCCAAGAGGGUGAUCCGCCCCUUCCCUCUGACCAAGCUUCUUCAAACACCGAUGACGCUUCCAAAUCCAAUGCUAGCGACUCUCCAGCUCCAGACUCCCACAGACCUACCAUACAACAUGUCCCUAUAUCACAGCUAUCGUUUUUCCCGCCUCCUUCGAUGUCUCCUCGCAAGUCGCGUACUAUGCCGCGUAGUGUAUCCUCACCAUUUGCCUCCAAUCCACCGCUGUUAUUCACACCCGGGCUAUCUUCGGCGUCGCUUAUGAACUCGCCAUUCUUUUCUACUUCAUCUCCCCAGCUUUCAUCAUCACCAAAUAAAGGCGUUGGCUCGCUUUCGUCACUACUUUCCGCCCUCCCUCUCCCUGACGCUGUUCAACGACUUUCUAUCGAUUCGAUUGCCGGAGGAGCAUUGACUCCUCGCACUAGUACGCCCGAUCCAUCCGAACAGUUUGUCGAACUGAACCCGAUGGGUUCUCAUUCGAGUCCUGGCGCGAAACCUAAGCGAACAAUUAAGACCCAGCCGACCCAGGGCCCAGUGAUGACCGUACCAAGGCGCUCUGUUGAAAUUAAGGACGGGGGGCGCACCACGUUUGCGACGGUCGACGAUGAUUGGUAG